AUGAAAAACACCCAUGACUUGACCCCACAUUUGGCGUUCGUGGAAUUCCAUCCUCUUGUCCACAGAUUCAAGAAUUCCACAGAGCAGGGCCACAGGGCUGACUUGGCUCUUUCUUGUCUAAAAUUAAUGGACCGUUUCAAGACGAUACACCCAAUCCAUGCUGAGCUUUGUUUGGCCCUUCGUGCUCAGAACCAUUCGAUGGCUGAUAAAUAUGGAGAUGCUUGGGCCUCCAAUAUAGAAAGUGCGGGCCAGCAAGAGCUUUUUAUGGGCGAUGAGUAUAUAGGUCAAGCCGAAAAGCCGGCUUUCUUCGAGAAAUUCGUGCCUCAGUUCCAGAAACUUCUCAUCGGCUGUGACUUCGCCAACCUCCAGAAUCUUCUCAACAAAGUGAGUCUUCUGGUCCACUUCAUGAAUCAAUGCUCUGAUUUGGCACUGUUCACCGAAAACAGACAUUUUGAGUUUCUUUUCUAUCUGAUCGUGGCCGUUCUCUAUGGCCUGCUUUGGUUUUCCCUGCUUGCGAAACAAGACGGGCUCGUGCAGCAAAAUGAGGAGACGUCGCCUUCUUUAACAUGGGCCCAGAUCUCACGGAAGUGUGAAAGCUACAACAAAAGCCACGAGCAUUUUUUAGAUGACUUGGACGAUAAACAUCCGGAGGUGAUAGAAAAGUUGCACUCUGAAUUCACGUUUUGUACUCUUGUUAGAUGGUACUGUGCAUUUGCCAAAUUCAAGGAACACAGACUCACUGAAUUCUGCGAGGAUUUCGAGCUCCUUCAGAAUGACAUGAGCGUGCUCGAGACUAUCAAACUCCAAUCGGAGGCAUUGAUUUGUUACGGCAUCUCCAGCAUUGCAGCCAAGCCCUUCAAAGAGUUGGACUUUCAGCUGAAUGAGCAGGUGUUAGAACUCUUCACUUCCAACACUUUGGUUGAAGCUAGUCUUUAUGAGGUUAUGAAAAAUCUAUCGAUGGCGAAAUUUACGAAAGCCAAGGAUUUGUGGGAGCCGCAGCUUUUGAAUCGGUUGGACUCCUGGGUCUCAUAUGCAUUGCCGGGGAAAACGAAAGGCACGUUUUGGGAGUUUCUACGCGAAGAUGCUAGCUAA